AUAAAAGCCGUGGGCUGAGAGCCCCGGGCUAACAAUACUGCUAUGCAUUAGACAUAUGACGCCUAAAACAUGAGCAACAUUCCUGAAACUAUAGUGGGGAGUGCGUUGGGAGUGCUCCUCGCGCAGAGCCCUGCAUUACCUAGACUGCUGCGCAACCUACGCCUGGUAUCGAAAGCCUGCUGCGAAGUGUCUGAUGCUGCGCGCGACGAAGUCCAGGUCUGGCUGCCCAGCUGCCGCUCGCCCGGCCAGUGCCAGCGGACCCAGCCCACCCCGCGGCAGGUGGGUGGCCUGCUCAGCCGGCUGCCCACACUGACGCACGUGGCCAUCUGCCAGGACGAGCUCCAGGACUCCAGUGCGGAUGACCAGCGUGAGCUGUGCACCCGGGGCUGCGGCCCCUGCUUCUGCCGGCACUGCUAUUGGCGCGCUGCGCUGUCCAGCCUGCAGCCGCGCCACCUGCGGCGGCUACAGCUGGAAGGCCUGGUGCUGCUACUGCCAGCUGUGGGCGGCGCGCCGGCGGGUGCGGCAAUAGCGGGUCCUUCGGCGGCGUCAGCUGGCGCCGCAUCAUCGGAGCUGCUGGCGACGCUGCUGGCGGCCGCGCCAGGGCUGCAAGAGCUGGCACUGCUGGACGUGCACCUCAUCAGCGGAGCACCUUCGAAGGUUGAGGCUGCCUAUGAUUCUGUUGGCACCGCCACAACGGGAAGGGGCCCUAGCAGCAGCUGCAGCAGCUGUGGCGCAGGAGGCCGCAGAAGCGGAACCAGCAGCAGCAGCAGCUGCGUCACCGGCGGCACCGGCCUGGGGGCUGUGCUCUCGGCGCUGCCUGGCCGCCUCACCUCGCUGCAGCUGAGCCUAUCGCCGGUGACGGGCGCUGAUGCUGCAGGCGCAGAGCCCUGCCCUGUCUGCCUGGGCAAGGCACUGCAGCGGCUGACUGGGCUCAGGUGCCUCGAGCUGAGCGGGCUACGGGCGGAGACCGCCCUGACCGCACUGCUCGUGGCGAUCUCGCCGGCUUUCCCCGCAUUGGCGGUGCCGCACCCAGCUGCGCCGGAGGCGCCGUCACCGCCACGGCCAUACGGGACUGCCUGUGAGGAAGCUGCGCCGGCUACAGCCGGCGCGGCUGCUGCGGCGGCCCAGGCGGCGCCGCUGAGCGCGCUGCAGCGGCUGGUGCUGGACGUGGAGGGCCACAUGGACCUGGACCAGCUGCGGCGGGUGAUGGCCUGCGGCGCCAUGCCGGGGCUGCAGCACCUCACGCUGGUGGAGCAGCAGCCCAAGCCGCAGCGGCAGGAGCAGCGGCAGGAGCCGCGGAAAGGGCUGGGGCUGGGGCAGGGGAAGGCAGCGGCUGGCAGCGGCGACCGCGCGCGUCAGGUGCAGGUGCAGCAGCAGCACCAGCACCCGCAACAGCACCAGGAGACUAGGCACGUGCCGCACAUCAGCAUGCGGCUGAAGCCUGCGUCUGACCCGAAGACAGCCAAGCGCUUUUUGCCUCUAGACUCCGUGUUGUGGCUGCUGCGCCUGCCGCGCCCCGACCUUCGGCGCCUGUCCUUCAGCACUGAUCGCUCCUUCACCGCGCUGCCGCAACCGCUGCCGCAGCUGCACACCCAGAUGCAAGCUCCUGCACGCUUGCACACAGCCGUGCAGCACGCAGCAGCGCUUGGUAGCUUUGCAGCCUCUGCAGCCUCGGCCAGCGCAGCUGCUGGUACCUCGUCCGCGCCUGCGCCGCUCAAGUCGGUGCGGCUGGUUCUGGACCUGAGUGCCGAGGCCCUGCAGCCGCUGGUGUCGUCCCUACCGCGCGGGCUGGACUCUCUUACGCUGCACGUGGGGGCGCUGCACCGCCCCGCCGACACACUGGCAGCCAUGACAGCGGCCGCCGAUGAAGAGGCGGCGGCCGCCACAACACCAGCCGCCGCGGCCGCGGCCACGGCCGCGUUGGGCGCGCAGGCAGUUGCGGCGGUGACAGGUGCCAGCCGUUCGCCGCCGCCGCCAGCCCCGCUGCCUCCUCCUCCUCCUCCUCCGCCACCACCUCCACCCGCGCCCGCACCCGCGCCCGCGCCCGUAACCGCCGCGGCCUCCGCCUCGCUGCUGCCCGUCUCGCCGCAGCCCGACUCGCCCGACUGGCUGGCCCUGCCGCCCGACUCCUUCCUGGGCGGCAUGCGCUGGCUGUGGCCCGCGCUGACGUCGCUGCCGGCACUGCUGCCGGCGCUGCGGGAGCUGCGGCUGGGCGGGCAGCUGCCCACCGCUGACCACGUGCUGCGCUGCUGGGCGGCGUCGGCGGGGGACCCGGCCAGCCUGGCCACGCCCAUGGUGACCGACCCGGCAUUCAAUGCCAUGGUGCUCCGCAGCGAGCGGCAGCAGCAGCAGCAGCUGCAGCAGCAGCAGGCGGCGGCUGUGGCGGCCGCAGCGGAGGCAGCGACAGAGGCGGCGGCAGCGGCGGAGGCGGCAGCGGCUGAAGUAGAAGGGCGGGAGGCUGGAGGUGCAGGGCCUGCGGCUGGGGCUAGGGCUGCUGCUGGGGUGGUGGCGCCACGGCCGUUAGAGCGCCAGACGCCGCUCGGAGCUGGCGGUAUCCGCGGCGACAGCCACGGCGGCGCCGCAGGCGCCGCCACCUCUGCCGCCGGCCUGCCGUACGGCAUGGCGUGGAGCGGUUGGGCGGGUAGCCUGGAGCGUGUGUGCCUGGGGUCUGCGGGUCCCAGUGUGAGCGGCGCGCUGCACCUGCGCCGCUUCAUGCCGGCACUGCGGCGGCUGCAGGUGGUGGUGGAUGGCCGCCUCGUGGACGUGGCAGUGGCGGGAGGCGGCGGCGGCGGCGCGGGUGUGGGAGCGAGUGCCAUGGCGAGGUCGUGAGGCGGUGUUGCAGGUGGCGCUGUUGGCGAUGUUGGCGAUGUUGGCGAUGUUGGGUGUUGGGGGCUGGCCGCUGUAGCACAGGGAAGGCAGGGCAGGGCAACCAUAGAGGCUUGUCUUGGGGCGUGUCAGUACGUAAGGAGCCGGUAGCUGCAGUACAGGCGCAGCAGGUUUAAUGCAACAUGUUUGCAACAUGAUGUGCAUAUAUAUGCGCACGGCUUUUGGAGGUCAACUGCAAUAGUCUUGUCAUAGUUUCAUGGUACGUGCGUGGAGAGGUGCCAAGCAGGUGCACCUUUUUGUUAGGGCAGGCCGUACGCCUGUGUUUUUUGUUAAUUGAGUAUUUAUGUGCCUUGGCUGUGUCACGUUGUUCAGAGUUGCCAAUCCUGUAUCCGCCCGCAGUCUUCUAGGGUGUUGCCAGCAUGUGUAGGAGCCAAAGCAUGCCCUGCGUUUUCCAGCAGACGGGCACAUAAUGGCGACAUGCAAUGGCAUAUACUUCAUGUGUGGAAUUUGGUGAAGGUUUUGGCCUGUCCUCAGUUUGCAGCUGACACCCACCUUAGUUGGAUUCUCGAGCCGGCGCAGCACAUGCAGAGCGUCGGUCUACAUUGCAGUUGGAUGCAGGGACCUACUGCUGCUGCUCGGUGAGCGCGGGUAGCCUAGGGUGAUACGGAAGGUGAAUUCAUGAAUAUGACACGCUUUUUGCCGCGAUCAGCGCAGUGCAGCGCUGGGGUGUGCGAUGGGACAGGGUUAAGGCAGGUUGGUGAAUUCCCUUAGGGUGCUGAUUCUCAGACCCCAGCACAUGGGCGGCGCUGGGGCACGAAUGGCGAGUAGAUUCGGAGGGAUGCAGAGUAUGUCGCUACCGCCCAGCAGCUGGGCACGCGAUGUGGUCCGGAGCUACUAAUUUGGGCUCGCCUGGGUGCAGGGGGGGCAGUAGGAUGUCGCCCCAGGGGGCAGGGGCGGCAGUAGGAUGUCGCCCCGGGGGGCAGGGAUGGCAGUAGGAUGUCGGCCCAGGGGGCAGGGACGGCAGUAGGAUGUCGCCCGGAUGGACUAAGGAUUGCGCCCGCACGCACUGAAGAUGGCACCCAGACGCAUUAGGGAUGACACUCAUGGGGGUCUCUGUACACUUGCGGAUCGUUUGCGUGGCGGGCGAAUGGUUCAUGCGGACCGUUUGCGUGGCCAUCACUCCGUCUUUCUAACACUUGAUCAUCUUCUACAACCACGAUAUCCGAAGUCUAGUCCCGUGAGUCCCGGUUGAGCUCGUUUCACCAUUUUGCUGUCUGGACUGCAACAUAGUACAAGCCUUCAGCUAAACGGAUACAUUAUGCGUUUCUGUACGACUUUUUAUGUCACCCUGGCGGUGUGGCGGUGUUUUCGCUUGAAGGAGCCAUUGGCUCCUGGCCCUGCCCCAGCCCAACCAGUCGCCCGGGAACGAUCGCGCAAACUGCAUGUUAUGCUUAGUCUGUUUCAGUAAGCAUGCAUGCCAUCUCUGGCCAAUUGUCCCAGCAGAAGUAGUGGAGAAAUGGCUUCAGCCUUCAGGCCUUUGCAGCCGUGUCUAGGUCCAUAGCUUGGGCGAUUAACUUAAUACGAAUGGACGGCUCUGUGUCCGUAGCCAUGGUCAGUUUGGAAUGCCACGACGCCACAUGGUCCUAACCCCACAGAACCCCACGCCGCCCCACGCCCCCCAAAACGAGUCGACACCCGCCAGGCCACCCGUGCGUGCGUGAUCCAAUGAUCCCGUGAUGGGUUUCGCGUGUGAUAUCAUGCGACAUCAACGAGUGACAGGUCGUAUCGGGGAUCGAUUGGGCGGUGCGGGCAGGUUGUGGGCACGAGAAUGAUUCUGUAAAUCAGCAGUACUUUGACAGUAUGCUGGUGUAACUACUGCAAUCGACCAGACGUUGUGGGAAUGAAGGACUUGAGUACGCCGCCCGGCCAGGAUGUGGCUGCCACCCGGCCAGGAUGUGGAUGUCGCCCCGGCAGGAUGUGGAUGUCGCCCCGCCAGGAUGUGGAUGUCGCCCGGCCAGGAUGGCGCCCCUGCCCCCACGGCAGCUAUAACCUAUGGCAGCCGGACCGCCGAGGGAUAGCUCGCGGCUCAGGAUGUGUGCCCAGGCCCCUGUCGCUGGAUUUGUUCCGCGAGCCUGGUCUGCAUCCCUCUGGUAGAUUGUACUUCGACUUCCAGAUGGGUCAGGCAGCAACCGCAAAAUGCGGUGAGCCUUGAUGUGGGUGGACAUCGAUUCACCACUGUGUAAACGAUUUCGGCA